UCCAAUUAUAGCCCAUCUCAUAUAACCCGUCGGCUUCAACCGACUUUUGUUAGGGUUUUACAAAGGUUUAGUCAAAGAGAUUUUUACUCUUCUCCACGAGAACCAGAAAAUAGUAUUUGUAAACCAAAAGUUCCAUGGAUCCAUCAGCCCUGAGCUCCCCCGAAUUGCAGCAAUUUCUCAGUCAAGAGAAGGAAAGGGCCAUGUUCAAUGAAGUAGUUGCAAAGCUUACAAGUUCCUGCUGGGACAAAUGCGUUACCGGUACUCCUGGAAGCAAGUUUAGCUCUAGUGAAUCUAAUUGUUUAGCCCACUGCGCACAACGCUAUAUGGAGAUGAGCGCGAUCAUUAUAAAACGGUUCCAGAGCAUGCAGUGAAGAAGAAUUAGCCUUAUAAAAUGGAUUUGAUAAUCCUUUUGAUUCCUUUGCUCAAAGAUAUUUGAAAGAGAACUGUAAUUUUUUUCUUGCAACUCAAUACAGUUGAUGUGGUGUUGCUGAUGAUAUAAUUUACUAAUGCAGAGAUGCUCUCAUUUUUAUUUUACUCA